AUGACAAAAAGCAUAUGUGAAUUACAAAAUAAAAAUUCUAUUAGUACGGAAUUGCUGCAAGAAAUCAAAAAAAUGGAAAAUGAAUUAAAGAGGAAAAAUGAUGAAUAUGAAAAGUUAAAUGCAAAUUAUAGAGAAAUAUAUGGAUCUU